CCAUGGGCUGGGACAGUGGAAGUGGAAAAGGUCGGGUCCUGGCGCUUUCUUCUCCCGCCGCCUGGUUCUCACCUCGCCAUGGUUCGUCUGCCUCUGCAGUGUCUCCUCUGGGGCUGCUUUCUGACCGCCGUCCACGCAGAACCACCCACUUCAUGCAGAGAAAACCAAUACCAAACAAACAGCCGGUGCUGUAAUUUGUGCCCACCAGGACAGAAACUGAUGAAUGACUGCACAGAGGUCACCGAAACAGAAUGCCUUCCCUGCAGUAAAGGCGAAUUCCUAGCCACCCGCAACAGUGAGAAAUACUGUCACCAGCACAGAUACUGCAACCCCAACCUAGGGCUCCAGAUCCAGACGGAGGGCACCUCAAUAACAGACACCAUUUGCACAUGUGACGAAGGCCAUCACUGUACCAGUCACACCUGCGAAAGUUGCACCCCGCACAGCUUGUGUCUCCCUGGCUUCGGGGUCAAGCAGAUGGCUACAGGGGUUUCUGAUACCAUCUGUGAACGCUGCCCGGUCGGCUUCUUCUCCAGUGUGUCAUCUGCUUUUGAAAAGUGUCACCCUUGGACAAGCUGCGAGAGCAAAGGCCUGGUGGAACAACAUGCAGGGACUAACAAGACAGAUGUUGUCUGUGGUUUCCAGAAUCGGAUGCGAGCCCUGGUGGUGAUUCCCAUCAUGAUGGUGAUCCUGUUCACUGUCCUGUUGGUAUCUGCCUGUAUCAGAAAGAUGGCCAAGAAGCAGGAGACUAAGGCUCUGCACCCUAAGGCUGAAAGGCAGGAUCCUGUGGAGACGAUUGAUCCAGAGGAUUUUCUCGGCCCCCACUCCACCCCUCCAGUGCAGGAGACCUUACACUGGUGUCAGCCGGUCGCCCAGGAGGAUGGCAAAGAAAGCCGCAUCUCCGUGCAGGAGCGAGAGUGAAGCUGUGUGUGCCCAGGAGUGUGGUGGCACCGGAAUGUGGGCACGUGGCUGGAGAGCCUGGGGCUGCUGCUGGUGAGGGCGACAGCCCCCCUCUGCCUGCACCCCUGCAGUCCAGAAACAGUUCACCUCGGGGAACCUUUCACCCCAG